AAAUGUGUGCACAAUAUUUGUGGUGAGAAAAUAUUGUCUAAUAAUUACAGUCUUUUGGACUCAAAUCUGGAGACAAGUGUUUUCUGGAAAAUCACUGCUUCUUUUCGGCGCAUAAAUAGUUUAUAUCAUUUUGUUUUCAUAACUUAAUUUUUAAUUUAUAAUUAGUAAUAAAUUCUUGGGAAGCGUUACCACCAAAAGAUUCUUGAGCCCAACAAAUUGUAUACCGAUUUAAAACAACGGCAUUUCAACCAAACAUUGUUAGCAUUUGCGCUAAAUUAGGACAAAAAAAAGCUCAAACUCUCAGCACAUGUAUCGCUCUCUAUAUGUGUAGCGAUAAACAGUGAUUUAUAAUCAACUGAUUGUCGGAUCCAUUGGUUUUCAAGUGAAUCCCAUUAUAAUGAGCGCUAAUAAUGCCAUCGAUGGUAAGGACGGCAACAAUAAGCCGAAGACAAUAACCAAUGGCAACAACUCUUCGCCGCCGUCCACCUCAUGGCUGACCAAAUGCAGAGCACACGUGAAGUACGAGCACCUGAUGGCCGGUGUCGUCGGCGGAGUCACCUCUACUCUAGUCUUACAUCCAUUAGAUUUGCUUAAAAUACGUUUAGCGGUAAACGACGGUCAGGUGUCGGCGCGACCCCACUAUCGAGGACUGGUGAACGCCGUCAACACAAUCGUCACUCAGGAGGGCGUGAAAGGGCUGUACAAAGGGGUGAUCCCGAACUGUUGGGGUGCGGGCGCCUCGUGGGGCUUCUACUUCCUCUUCUAUAACUCGAUUAAGUCCCGAAUGAAUGGCGACAAUAAGGGCGUCGAUUUGGGUCCCGGCAGUCACCUGAUGGCCGCCGCGAUGGCCGGACUCAUCACCACAACCAUCACGAAUCCCAUUUGGGUCGUCAAGACUCAGAUGUGUCUGCAGUACACGAAUGUGAGUGAAGUGCAGACACUGUCCUCCAAGCGGUACACAGGAAUGGUAGACGUGUUGCGCCGGAUAUACCAAUACGAGGGCAUAUCAGGCCUGUAUCGCGGCUACGUUCCCGGCAUUCUCAACGUGAGUCACGGAGCCCUUCAGUUCAUGGCCUACGAGGAGCUCAAGAAGUAUUAUAUACUGAAGAAUAAGUUAAAGAAGAAUGCAAAGUUGGAAACCAUUGAGUACCUGACCUGUGCGUCGCUGAGCAAACUGUUUGCCGCCACAAUCACAUACCCGUAUCAGCUGUUAAGGGCCCGACUCCAAGACCAACACACCAACUAUAAGGGUCUCUUCGAUGUCAUACGAAAGACUUGGAGGUUU